GUCAGAUUUAUAAACAUUAUCAUUAACCAGGAAAAUACUUUAAUUAAUGUUAUACAAAGUCUCUGAUGUUGUACAUAUUUGAAAACGAUCAAAAUGAAUACGUCUGGAUUAGGAAAUAGUAGCGUAUCAGUACCAGAAUUGGUUUUGAGAUUAUGCACUCAUCUUUCUAAAAAUGAUCAAACUCUCAGUUCGAGGCUGUAUCAACUUGCUGUCAAUUUUUUACAAUAUCAAGGAUACACGAAUGAUGCUGAAUUCGAUCUGUCUGAAAUUAAAAUGCACUUGUCUAGUCAUAAAGAUCCGGAAGCUGCUUUAGAACAGUUUGAGAUACUUUACUCAGAAAUAAAUAAUUCGUCUAUACUUCAUAAUAAGAAUGCAAUAAUGAGUUUCUUACUGAACGUUGCUAAGAUGGACAUACAGAAAGAUAGUUUCAAAUUGAAACUUGUUCAAAAUGUUGAAAAAAUAGCUGGUUCACAAUCGUUACCAAACUCCAAGUCCCAAACUUCAGUUACUAGUGCACCAUCACUAGAAAGUAUAAGAAAUAUAUAUCAAGGCAACUUGAUAGAUAGACCUUUCAGUCGUUCUUCUAGGAAUGAGAGCACUUCCAAUUCAAAUAUAUUGAGUUCAAUUUGGUCUAGACAAGAAUUUGGAUCAGCUCUAUCAAAGACAACUAAUUUAACGCUGGCAAGUGAGACAGAUUUACUCCAAGAUAUCAUAUAUUCUCUGCAAGGUAUUGAGGGACGAUUUAUCAAAAGGGAACCAGGUGGUGUUGGUUUUUUAAUUGAUCUGAAGAUUGGUAGAAAUUUCAGCCCAAUACAGAAGAGUAUUGCAUCAAGAUUAUUAGGGCUUAGUUUUUUGCAUAAUAAGUUGAAACAAUAUUGCGAGGAGAAUGAUAAACAAAAAGGUGCCAUGAGUCAAGCUCUCAUUUCGAUUUUGCGAGAUGAAAUAUCAAGUUAUUAUAAGACUAUAGCUCUUUUACAAGCAAAUAUGAAGAAACAAGGUUGUGAAAAACACGCGGAAUUGUCUCUCAGAAGGGCACUCUAUAUUGUUCAAGAACACAUUAGCAAAUUUGAGUGGCUUGCAUAUAUAACUGAAGAAUGCAGUGAUAAGAAAGGUGGAGCCCUCGUUACAUCAAUUCACGGAUAUCUUCAACAUGGUUCAAUCUGUGUACAAGAGGUUUCAGAAAAAGUUCUAACAUCAGUUUGCAAACCUUUGUACAUAAUGUUAUCCAGAUGGCUGUUGGACGGUGAGAUCAAUGAUCCUUGCAAUGAAUUUUUCAUUGAGGCUAGAAGUAUAAAUGCGUCGGAACGUUUGUGGCACGACAAAUAUCACGUCAAAAAGUCGAUGAUCCCCUCAUUCAUCUCCAUGGACCAGGCGAAAAAAAUUUUGGCCACCGGUAAAAGUAUUAAUUUUCUACGCCAGAUAUGCAAAGACAAUGGGCAGCUUUCUGGUAGGGAGAGUCUACAAAAAUUCUUCAAAAGUACCACAGCGGAUGCACUGUUUGCUCCAGAGCAGAGCUUAGAAUUCCACACAACAUUAGAAAAUGUAUAUAGGGAGACAUCUUUGAGGGUCUUAGAUUUACUCAAGAAUAAAUUCAGACUUAUGGAGCACCUUCAUUCUCUGAGAAGGUACUUGCUCUUGGGCCAAGGAGAUUUCAUCAGACAUCUAUUAGAGUUACUGGCCCCAGAACUCAACAAACCUGCUCAAGAAAUAUAUGGACACACCCUCACAACCAUUUUAGAAUCUGCUAUCAGAGUAACAAACGCUCAGUUCGAGGAUGAGGACACCUUGCAGAGGUUAAACGUCAGCUUUAUGGGUCACUCUCAGGGAGAUACAGGUUGGGACGUUUUCAGCCUUGUUUACAGAGUUGAUGGGCCUGUCAGCACAAUAUUCCAACCUACCAUGUCAACAUAUCAAUGUCUUUUUGGGGCUUUAUGGAAAGCUAAGAGGAUGGAGUUCGUAUUGGCAAACAUGAAAAAACAACAAAUAACCAUAUCGAAGAUGUUCAAAUAUAACUUAGAGUUACUUCCAGUGAUGCAUACGUUUCAUGUUCUAACCAGUGAGAUGAUACAUUUUUUGCAUCAAACUCAGUACUAUUUUCUCUUCGAGGUUUUAGAGUGCUCUUGGGCAGAGAUGCUUUGCAAUGUCAAUCAGGCUGAGUGCUUAGACGACAUAAUUCAAGCACAUACCCAAUUUUUGAGCUCCGUACAAACUGGUGUUUUACUUGAUGAAGAAUCUAAACACCUCUUCUCCCAGUUGCGCUCAAUUUACAACUUUGUUCUAAACUUGGAAACGCAUCAGGAAACCUUGUACUUGGCAGCCAGUAAAGAGCAUGAGGCACUAAUGGAUUAUAACAAGAAACAGGAACGUAGCGAUCAAUUCGGUUUGACCCUGGACGAUGAAUUGAAGGCCAAAGAAAGAAUUGCCAGUUUUAGACAUUUCUUGAAUUCAAUGAAAGCAACGGUGAAAUGUCUGGCCCAAACUUAUAAGAGCUUCGUUAAAAAUUAUUUAAAAUCUCUAUCUUCCAGUCCUAACAUGAAUUUGCAACUUUUAAGCGUUAGGCUCAGUUUUAAUGACUAUUAUUCUGUCAUAUGACCAUCGGAAGAAGGUUUGGAAAGUUGUUAUCCCAAGGUUUGCAGAAAGGAAAAUUUGGAAUUUUUUAAUAUAGAUAGUAAAGAGGGAAGAGAAAUAGAUGCCAAGGAUAACAUUCCCAAUCAUUCCAUUGUUCAUUCUUGCUCCUACCAAAAUUCAGAUUUGAGUAAUUAUGGCAGUAUUGAUAAUUUAUUGAAACCCCCCAAGAAGAAGGAAAAAACGAUAUGAUGUUGUGUUGGGUGAAAAUUAGUAACUAUUGGCAUUCUACUAAUUUUCACCUGAUUUCAAGAUGUACAUAUUUAAUAUAUAAUUUUGAAUGCUCUCUUAUUUUUAUAGCAGUAUUUUAUGGAAAUAAGUUGUGCUAAUAAUGUUUGAGAACCCAGAUCUGAAACAAAUAAAUAAAUUGAAAUUUGCAAUGAAAA